UCCAACCAAUCAACGUCGCGAGAAUUACUUGACAGAAUGUCAUUUAUUUUACUUAUUUAUAUAUAUAUCGUAAUCUUGGCACGGGGAUACCGUGUUGAUCAAGAGUCGCGUAGCUUGUUACAAUUUUUUUCCGGAGUUUUAUCAUGAAGCGCUCGUUUAGCGAGAGUGAUCUGGACGAGGGAGAUGAUUUCCAGCGAAAUCAGAGAGAUUCCGAUGCAGUCGACAGCGACACUCCCGAGGCAAGUGCGCGAAAGAGAAGGCGAGGGGUGAGAAAGAUUUAUUUCGAUUGUACAAUUUUAUGUGCACAAAAUAGGUUGACACUUCUAUUUUAUCGACAGCAAAUUGAAAAGAAGAGACGAGAUCGAAUUAACAGUUCACUUGCCGAGUUACGGCAGUUGGUCCCAGCAGCGCUGAGGAAACAGGGAUCAACGAAGCUUGAGAAAGCAGAGAUACUCCAAUUGACAGUCGAGCACUUGAGAGGUUUAAAAUACGGCGCUGAAUACAGCAAAGGUUUCGCCAUGACGCACGCCUCGGAUAGUCGCGUAACAGAGAACGAAGAAUGCAUAGCUGAUGGUAAACCAUGCCUGUCCACCUCGGCGGACAGUUCGCAAACCGCACGCUUGUCCCCUGCAAAGCUGCAAAUCAUUAAUCACUUCAACUGGAACAAUUCAACACAAAGCGGGCAACAUAGUCACCCAAGUUCGCCUCUGACAAGUCCAACGAAGGUUGAUUUAGAACCAUCGUCAUCAUGGCAAAGUUCUGGUGGGUUUUUAGCGCAUUUGAAACAACAGGAAGGAUGCCAAGGAAAAAAGACCGAAGCACACAACAGACAAGAAUGGGGGAUGUCUGUUUCUUUAAACUGCCCUUCCAUGUUUCCACUGCAAACACCAGGCCUUUCAAAUGUUUUUCAAGCUCCUUUUCGACAAGCCGUACCUCUGAUAGACUGGUCGAUGGCCUUGAUAACUAAGACUAACAUUUCUACACCUUUCCGAACUCCUUGGGCGCCCUGAAUGAAUUUACUGGCGCGAAAUAAAGUUUGCGUUCGGGAAAUUAAGUAAAAUAUUCAUGACAUCUUCGGUCAAAAACAAGCAAGGCUAUAACUACUCAGUGAUGUGAAUACCUACCUCUCUACUAACUGCACGAGCUUAUUGCAGCUAAUGAAUAACUUCUAGUAUCUGGGUGUAAACUUUCAAACUUAGCCAUCACUAAUAUUACAGAGGAUUAAAGUUUUUAGAAAUCUUAUUAAAAAAGACACGAUGUAAAAAAGCCUUAUAUCUUAAUCAAAGAAACUUUUUGUUUGGUCAUAAUCAAUAGAUCCUUCGUCUACAAAGUAAAUAAGUUUUUUUUCUUUUUUUGCGAAUUAGCAUUUGAUUAUUGACUGAAUGCGAUUUUCUGCUCUCUCGGCUGAGUCUUGUUUGGAUAAUAACAAAGAUAUUGCCGAAAUUUUCUUUUUUAUAAUAACAUCGGCUUUUGUGGGAUUACGUUCUAAAACUCUCCAGCUUUCCCUAAUGUAGGGAAGAAUGGAAAACCCUGUGGGUGAUAUUGCCUCACUCAUAAACCUUUCAAAGAUUACUCACUCGAGAUAGUUAUUCGUGCCUAAUCCAUAAUACAGCCUCUCUUUUCAAAGUUACCAAUAUCUAAUUAAUUUGUGAAACUGCGCAAUUUCUUAGUAAAGUGGGUAUGGUUUUACACUAACAGAUGAAAAACGCGCGUGUAUUUUCUAGUUUAGAGCCCUCGAGCCGAAAAACAACUACCUGUGAAAUAAAACGCUCCAACAAUCAAGUUUUUUUUUUUUCUGAAGAUGUUCAAUAUUGAUCACGUUGAGUGCUUCUUUGUCUAAUCCGCUUUUAAUUCGAUACUACUCUGUCGAAAUGCCGGUUCAUUAUCAGACACACGAAUAUGCAAAUGUCUAGAUUUUUCCAUAAAUGCCGACAAUUUAAUUGGAAAUUGACAAAUCUCUUCCUUGCGCAGUAAACUGACUAAUGCCUUUGUCUUUGUGGUGGAAUGUCAACUUAAACAAGUUUAAGGACGUUAGGAUAUGAGAAUAAAUGUCUUUAUCACUGUCAGGA